CAUUGCCUACAUUAUUUAAAAAAAAAACGGGAACAGUACUUUUACAAGAAUGUUUCCAUCUAAGCAAUUUUUUGUGUUUAUACUUUUAAGCUGCAUAUUGUACCGCGCAUCUGCCGGAAAUAAAUGCUCUUCACCUAUCAAUAAGAAUGGAAAUAUAACAAUUGAUGAGGGUGUUAUUCGAAUAGAUGUAGAUAGAAACGAGGUACAGAUUUAUACAUAUAAUGGAACAAAAGCAGUUAAUAUUUUAAUUCAUGAUGUCGAUAUUGCAUUGUCAGAUCCCAAAGAAAAAUCAUUAUUUCGUACGGCAGUUCAAGGCCUUGCUGAAGUCACGGACAAGAACACAUUAAGUUCGUGUGAAUUUGAUUUGAAACUAAAAAAUAGAAAUUUACUAAAUGAGCAACAGUUUUUGGAAGCAAAAACUUGUAUUGAAUCAUCAUUAUGUAAUCAAAUUGGAAAAUUAGUACGUGACGAUUAUCUUCGUGCUGAAAUAGAUCCACGCGAUUUCGGCUCAAAUUCUGUGCUAUACCAUCAUUUGAAUACAAAAUAUCCCAAUUUAAGUCUUCCAACGCAACAAAACGUAGGAUUUACUUUUUCAGGUGGUAGAUCGGAUACACUCCAAAAAACUUUAAACAUCAUUUUCGAUAUUUUGCUAGCAAGUAUUGUUAAGCAGGUAUCAGGUAAAGAACUAGGAAUAGUUGAUAUUCCGACGUUAGAAAAAAAAAUACCUGGAAAUAAAAUUUGCGGUGACGGUUUUUUCAAAAUUCAAAACGCGUCGAUUGGAGACCUCAAGAAUAUAAUGAGGACUCAAAACUUUGAGAUAUCUAAUGAUGGGCUCCAUUUCUCCAUGAAAUUUGGCCUCCAAAUACCACAUGCCAGAGUUCACUUACACAAUUACAACGUAAAUUAUUGCAUUCUAAGCAAAAGCGGAGAUGCCACGCUUACCAUCGAUAGCAUAACCUUGGCUUUCCAACUAGAUAUCAAUUUUAACCAAAGCCCUUGCAAAACGUUUUCGAAAUAUUUGCGCCCCAGAAUCGAAGGUGUACAUUUUGAACUUCAUGGAGGAUUUUUUGAUACGGCAAUCACCAAAGUCAUGAGUUUUGUAAUCGGCGAGUUUGUGCCUCAUAUCGUUGACCUUCUGAAGGCUAAAUUGAGGGAAGUCAUAGCUGUACCAUUGGAAAAAUUGGAUUGCGAAAAAUACAGACCGUAACACGUCAAAAAUUAGGCCAUGGGUUUGGACUUAAUAUAAUAAAUGCCAUUGUAGCUACUAACAUAAUAUUUGUUACUAUUAUGCUAUUUUUUUAUGACACAAACUAGAAUUAUAAUAGAAAAUAAAAUCUGAAAAUUAGGUACUUUUUA